GGGAAAGAGCCCCCAGUCCAGCUCGGCCUUCAGUCCGGCACAGUCGCCCCGAAGCUGCUCUCCGACCCGCACCGGUUCUUCGCCUUCUUUCGGAGCAUUUUGUGCGCGCGCACGAGAAGAAGCCGCAGCCAUGGAUGCCAUCAAGAAGAAGAUGCAGAUGCUCAAGCUCGACAAGGAGAAUGCCUUGGACAGAGCGGAGCAGGCUGAGGCAGACAAGAAGGCAGCGGAGGACAGGAGCAAACAGCUCGAGGACGACUUGGCAGCGCUGCAGAAGAAGCUGAAGGCCACUGAGGAUGAGCUGGACAAGUACUCGGAGGCCCUUAAGGAUGCCCAAGAGAAGCUGGAACUGGCCGAGAAAAAGGCCACGGAUGCUGAAGGUGAGGUAGCUUCCUUGAAUAGACGCAUUCAGCUGGUUGAGGAGGAGUUGGAUCGUGCCCAGGAGCGUCUGGCCACUGCCCUGCAGAAGCUGGAGGAGGCUGAGAAGGCUGCUGAUGAGAGUGAGAGAGGCAUGAAAGUCAUUGAGAACAGAGCAACCAAGGACGAGGAGAAGCUUGAGAUCCAGGAGAUCCAGCUGAAGGAGGCCAAACACAUUGCUGAGGAGGCUGACCGCAAAUAUGAAGAGGUGGCCCGUAAGCUGGUAAUCAUUGAGGGUGAUCUGGAGCGUACUGAAGAGCGUGCUGAGCUGUCUGAAGGAAAAUGUUCUGAGCUUGAGGAAGAGUUGAAAACUGUGACCAACAACCUGAAGUCACUGGAAGCCCAGGCUGAGAAGUACUCACAGAAGGAAGACAAAUAUGAGGAGGAGAUCAAAGUUCUCACUGAUAAACUGAAGGAGGCUGAGACUCGUGCUGAGUUUGCUGAGAGAACAGUAGCCAAGCUUGAGAAGACCAUUGAUGACCUUGAAGAUGAGUUGUAUGCCCAGAAACUGAAGUACAAGGCAAUCAGCGAGGAGCUGGACCACGCUCUCAAUGACAUGACAUCCAUAUAAACUGUUUACUCCGCUUCUCAUCAAAGACGUCUCCUGCCAGAUGAGUGGCAGCACUCUGCGCCCUUUGGUUCUCAACGUAGCCCUUCUGCCUUUGCUCUUUCUCGUGUCACAACUCCACCAGAACCUAGCUGUCAACUGUUUCUAGCUAGUCUCUUGUACAGAACCUUUGAGUCAUUUUACUUUAUGUAAAAAAUAAACUUCCAUCUAUGUAAGCUGUACAUCUC